GUUUACAAUCUUCGCGACGAAAAGUAACCAGAAGUUAAGCAAAAUGUCCAUAAUAUAAAUUCAUUUUUAACAUUAUCCGUUUUUCAGAAUCCAAUUCAUAUAUGUCAUGGAAAACCGAGAGACAAAUGUUGAUAACAAGACAAAGAGGCAGAGAUUAGCCAAAAAAUUUAAAGACAUUGAGGAAAAUGUCUACAGUCUCAGACCAUCAAUAUGUCGUUAUAUGAAAUGCCGUAAGCGUACUGCAAGGCAUUUGGACGAUAAACCAUUUGACCAGUUACCGGUGAUAUCAACUAAAAGAGGCUCGUUUGCUCCUCUGCCUUUAGAGGUAAUAUUGCGUAUCUUAAGUCAUGCAUCUUUACACUCUCUUGGAAUUCUCACACUUUCCUCUAAAGAAAUGCGAAAUCUAGUAUUAAUGUAUGUUUACAGUAAAGAAGGAUAUAAAAGAGUUGUACCAUCUAUUACUACUGCUGCAGAUGCUGAGGAAUUUAAUUCUCAAGAGUUUAAAGAAGAAUCAAAACAAUGCCAAAAACAUUAUAGCCAACUUGGUAUUAUGCUGAAAAGAUCUACUUGUUUGUUUUCUACAAGAGAGAGACUUUCUCAAGUUGGAAAAAUUCUUGAUCAGCUGCGUGAUUCGCAUGUUAAAAUAUGCACUGAACUAGGGAGUGACCUUGCCUAUAGCUGUUAUGGCAUAUUUUUGCAUGCUUUUAUUGCUGGUUGGGAAGAUGAUGAAAAAGUAAAAGCAUUUCAAGCUAUAAAAGGGGCAUCUCUACUUGAGGAAAGAAUUGGACAUGUUAUGAAAUCAAAACCAGCUAGUUUAUCUGGUUAUGAAAGAUAUGUUCGAGUCUUUUGCAAGGAGAUAUUUCUUAAUAAAUCAACUUUGGCCGACAAGUCAUUUUGGCUAGCACAAAUAUUAAAACCGUAUCCUAUUUAUUUCCAAGCAAGACUCAUGUUUAUCUUAUUUGGUCCAACUGAACCAGAUGGAGAAAAUAUAUUAUGGGCUCAAAUGGCAAUGACUUCUACUUCAAUUUCUCAAGAUUUAAUGGAACUUUCAAAUGCAUUUCAAAUUUUUCAGUCAGAUGUUCGAGGACUUUGGAGUUCUGAUGAUAUCAUCAGUCUUUUUGAUGAAAUCACUGUGAUUUCUACUGAGUGGGAUAUAGAAAAUGUUGCUAUAUUUCUAAAGUUAUGUGGAGAUUCUAUGUGUUGCGAAGUUUUGGGAAACAAGGCCAUAAAUGGAAGAUUGUCAGAGCUUUCUUAUAUCAUGUACUAUAUGUGGCAGUAUUGUAGUCGAUCAAACUUAACUGCAGUGCAGUUGAAGAAAGAACAAGAGUGGUAUGUAGCUUUAAUGCAACAUCUUGGAAAGCUUUUGCCACGUUGUAAAGAUCAUAGAGACUUUGUUCAACAAAUAUUCACAAUAUGGGAAGAUUACAUGAUGGAAACAUUGGAAGAUCAUGGAGAUAAUGAUUCACAAGUUUCACUUCAAGAUGAUGAAAGAAUUCGGUUCAAGGAAAGUUUACAAUCGUUAACAUCCUUGACAACAACUUUGUUAACAAGAGAAAUGAGAUUUAAAUGAUGUUGGCUGUAAAUGUUUAACUAGAGGAAAAAUACAGUGUACAUGGAGUUUUAAAUAGUUUCAACCAGCAGGUGUUGCUUCAGACGAUGAAUAACUUUUUUUUUUUUUUACAUAUUACAGCCAUUUAGUCCAGAUGAUUCGCCCUUCGUUUAGUUUUAAAUGCUCUUUACGUGAAAAAUUUGUUCGAUCUUAUAAUAAAACCAUCGUGUUAUGAGUUUUAAUUAUUCUGCAGGUUUAAUUUUUUUUUUUGAGAUUUUUUAUUGAAUUGAACUUCAUAUCAUAAAAUUAUUUAUAAUUGUAUAUAACGUUUCUAUUGCGUUUAUUUAUUGGAACCAUUUUUUUUUUUUUAAUUUGUCUUUUAGUAUAUGAAAUAAAUCGUUGUAAAUAUUUGUUUUACUGUAAAUAUUUUAUUAAACAAUUUUAAUUAUAUUUUAUGGAUAUUUAUUUAGUUAAGUUGUUUCAUUUUAUUUUGACUGAUAAAAAACGUGAUAAAAUGAGGCAUAAAUAAGAAAAUUAUUUUUUAUUUGUAAAGUUGCAGUUUUUAGAGUAUUGCAAUUGUUUUAAAAAAUCCAUG